AACCUGUUGUCUUCAGCUGUGUACAGAAUCAACUUCUAGAGAGAAACAGUAACAAGAAAUUGAGAAGACUCUGAUUCACCGAGAAGGUUUCGCCUUAAAGAUGAACACUCGCGCGAUCUACGCCGUCAUCGCGAUCCUGGCGAUCGUAAUCUCAGCCGUCGAAUCAACGGGCGACUUCGGAGAUUCGCUAGAUUUCGUGAGGACCGGAUCUUCAUCGCUCUUCUCUGGAUGCACAGGAUCGAUCGCUGAGUGUAUAGCCGAAGAAGAAGAGAUGGAGUUCGAUUCAGAAAUCAGCCGGCGGAUAUUAGCACAGAAGAAGUACAUUAGCUACGGUGCUAUGAGGAGGAACAGUGUGCCUUGUUCACGCCGUGGUGCGUCGUACUACAACUGCCAGCGUGGAGCUCAGGCGAAUCCCUACAGCCGUGGAUGCAGCACCAUCACUAGGUGCAGGCGUUGAAGAAGAUGAGUCACUUGAAUUUCCUAUUUUGCCCCUUUCUUUUGUGUCUGUCUUUUUUCAAUCUUCAUUUUUUUAAUUAUUUUUAUAUUCCGGGAUAUAUGGGUUUGAUUUACACAUUUGAAAAACUACUACUAUAGUCUUUGUUUUUUGGAAAAACAAAAAAAAAAAAACAAAAUUUGCUUCUUCUUUUUUUUUUUUUUUGGUUGUUGUCUAUAUACAUAAAUAAAUAAUUCAAAGUUGCGUAGAUUAAAAAUAGUUAUUCGUCCGAGAAGUGAUUUUGAGAUCUGUGCGUAGCUUUGUGGAGUAUAACAAUUGUUAAUGAAAAGUGAUUACCGUUAAUUUAAUUAUGAA